AUGGACUAUGAUAAGGUCGAAGAGGAGUCUCACGUUGAUGAUGUGAGUGAUGGUUUGAAGCCAACGGAGGCUACUCUUCUAACUCUCCUUACUCCAAAACUCCCCUAUCCUCAAAAGUUUGUUGGAAAAAAGUUGGAUGAUCAAUUCUCUAAGUUUCUUGAUACGAUUAGCAAGCUUUAUGUGUCAUUAUCUUUCACCGAGGCACUUAAGCAAAUGCCACAUUAUUCUCGGUUCAUGAGAGACAUUUUGUGUGGCAAAAGAACUUGUGGGCCCAAGGAGACCGUGCAUCUCACGGAGAAUUAUAGUGCCUUGAUCCUAAGCACGUUUCCCCCAAAGCUCAAGGAUCCCGGAAGCUUCUCAAUUCCUUGUAGCAUUCAAAAGCUGAAAUUUGAUAACGCUCUUUGUGAUUUGGGGGCGAGUGUGAGUAUUUUGCCAUACAAAAUUUGUGAGAAGCUUAAUCUUGGUGACCUCACCCCUACCCCUAUGUCUUGGCAAUUAGCCGAUCGCUCGAUUAUGUUCCCUUUGGGUAGGGUUGAUGACGUUCCCCUUGUGAUAGGGAAGCUCACUUUUCUAGUUGACUUUAUUGUCUUGGACAUCUAUGAGGAUGCCCACACCCCUAUUAUCUUAGGGAGACCAUUUUUGGCCACGGCGGGGGCUCUUAUUGAUGUUCAAGGUGAUCUUAUCACCUUUAAGGCGGGAGACGCCAAGGCUAGCUUCAAACUUCCUAAUAAUGAUGGAUAUUAUUCUAAGAAGAAGAGUUGCAUGAAGAUAGAUACUAUUGCUUUCAUUGAGCAUCGUUGCAUACAUGCUAACCCUUAUAACAACUCUUGUGUUUCUAAGUUUGAUGAUAAGCUUGCUAGGGGUAACUUCAAUGAGAAGAAGGUGCUUGUGAUUCCCACGGUGCUGGGCGAUGCCUUUGACGAUGUCACAACCGUUCCCGAGACAUUCGGGAUGCAUCUAGAUGAUGAUGGAGCACGACCUUCAGCUUUUAAUGGUAAGCACCUCCCGUGCAUGAAGGCCAAGAAGGGCAAACAAAAGCCUAGGGGAAGUUGGUUUGAUGGCAUCUCUAUGAGAGGUGGUUUUGAUAGGAUGUUUGUGCCAAAGGAGGCAAAAAGGAGCUUUUUGACUAGUGACGAUCCAAAAUUGGUUGCAUUUGACCCCCCAUUAAAAACGGGAGAUUCGUCAAGCUAA